GGGUAGUUCGGCAAACAACUCAUUGACGGGCAAACGCUUCCUGCCCUCGCUCUCAUCCGCGGGCCCGGUAGCAAGGAACUCAUACCGCCACUGGACGGGACGACAUGUCGAAUCAAGAUGGAUAACGUCCCGUACUGCUCCUUCUGUCGGAAACCAUAUCGCGUGGACUCUGGAUGCUUCCGCAAGAAUCCAAAACGGAAAGAUCAGACAAAGGAGGGAAGGAGUCACAAGGAAAGACCAAGCAGUUCGCAUACGGGAGCCCGCAGGCCGUCGAAGAGACGGCCCUCCACUGUUGAUGAAGAUGACGAUGUGGUUGGCCCAAAUGGCUCAAAGAAGCCCACGUCCAUGGCGAUCAAGGUCUCCGGAGAAGAUGAAUAGAGCGUUUGGUAAGGAUGUUGAAGGCAACUUCGCCCUGUUCGACCACAUCCCUCAAUGAUGGCUACAAAAGCCCUCACGGUCCGUGACGCGUGGA